GGUUUCCUGGCGUCACACUCUCACUAAAAAAACCUACUCUCCCUUUCUCUCGAACUUAAACACACUUUCUCUCUCUCUCCCUCUACCCUAAAAUCUUCUCUCUCAACGGUUUCUUUUCUUCUCCUGGUUGUUGUUGCUUACCAUGAAGGCCUGAAAAAAUGGUUCACUUUUUGCGGAGUUUGAAAAGGGAAAAAUAGAGGAAGCAAAUCUGAUGGUUGUAUUUGUAAUAAUUUUGAUGAUUUAUCGUCCUUGAACCUUUUUUUUCUCUCAAACUCCAGAGACGCAGUAGGGAUCAGCAUGGUAUCUCAGACCUUUCAUGUCUUUGCUGGUAAAUGGAGAAUUAAUGUUGGUCAAAGUUUGCAUAGGCAUAAACAAAGAAAGGCCAUGUUGGUGGCCCAAUAAGGUUCCAGGACUACAGAGACCAUUUACUUGCCUAUAAUAAUGUCCAACGACAGUGGUGUAGCUCAAAUGGGGAACUGGUCACAUUCUGGAAAACAAUUGAAUCUUCCUCCAAGAAUCCCAUUCCCCAGCAUGGCCCCAGCGUAUUCGAAUUGUGGAUCCAGUCCUUUAACUGGGAAACCAUGCGUACCAAUCUCAAGGAAGGAGUGUAGGCAACACCAACGUACUUCUUCUGAGAGCUUCCUCAUCGAAGAGCAGCCUUCAUGGCUUGAUGACCUUCUUAAUGAACCUGAGACUCCUAUUGGGAAAGGAGCACACAGGCGUUCAUCAAGUGACUCCAUUGCAUAUAUGGACUACCCUGGAACUUUUUCAAAAGGAGUGACUGCUUCCCAAGAAGAUCUUAACUCAAGCAACAUUCAAUCUUUUCCCUUUCAGGGCUUUCUAGAUUAUGACAAUUUUAAGGAUGAAACUCUUUCUUCCUUCUGUUCUGAGAGAAAUUCUUUGAAAGCACCGUACUUAAGGGGAUGGGAGCCAUUAAUGAAUUCAUGCAGAAUGUCAUCCUGUAGGGAUAACAAGAAGUUAGAAAGCCUUGGGAAACCAUUUGAAAGUGCAAGAGUUACUAUGGCAGAAACACAAGGAGAGCGUGAAUCUGGUGAAUGUGAUUCAAGGUUUACUGAAAGCAAAGAAAGCUCUUAUGUCAAUUCAGUUGCAUCUGAAAAAACUCAGAAUGAGUCUUUUGAGAGGAGGGCUGAUUCACACCUGAGACCUGCAUCUGAAGCGGAUCCAAAACGAGCUAAACAGCACUUUGCACAACGGUCGCGAGUUCGAAAGCUUCAAUAUAUUGCUGAGCUAGAGCGUAAUGUGAGCACCCUUCAGGCUGAAGAAUCAGAAAUGUCAGCUGAGAUUUCAUUCCUUAAUCAGCAACUUAUUAUAUUGAGCCUAGAGAACAAGGCCCUCAAGCAGCGAUUAAAUAGCGUUGCCCAUGAGAAGCGACUUAAAGAUGCCCAGUAUGAAUUGUUGACCAAAGAAGUGGAGCGCUUGCGAGGCAUGUAUCGAAAGCAGCAGCAAAUGAAAUCUCAGCAUCAAUGUGGCCGUCCGGGCACAUAUCUCGAGGUGCAACUCAGCAAUUUGUCACUUAACUCUCUGCUGACUCACUCCGAGAAGUGCCCUGAGAAGGAGCCUAAUGGUGCAACAACAAGCAACACCAGGUCGUCGUACUCAUGUAUGAUGUUACAAAACUCAUAGCUCUGCUGCCCCUGCCAAAACUUCUCUCUCAUUUUGGAAUGUAGGUAUCAGGUGUCUAUUUAUUUUUAAUUAUCCAGAAAGAGAGUUCAUUUUCUCAUCCUUUUUUUAUGUAAUUCUUUUCCGAGAUCAAUAGCUUGGCUCGGUUGUGAACAUGUAAUCGCAGCCAACCCUAAACUCGGGGGCAACUUGUCCACGUCCCAUAUGAUGCACGGCAUGGACCAAGAUCAACGCAUAAUGGGAAAAUAUGCAGAUCAAAGGAACGUGUAGAAAACUCUAGGUCUAGCCAUCAACUUAGGCAUGAAAAUAAAUUAUGUGUAAGAUUAUGUUUUAGAAAGGAAAACUUCCCUUAUUAAUGAGAUGUUAUUCAUUGUUGAA